AUGCCUGAAGAUAUAGCUCAUAAACCUAUAUAGAUUCUUUACCGAAUAAAAUGUACUGGAUUCUCGAGCAAGCAAAACAGACUCUCUCAAAGAAAUGAGCACAAUCUCUAUUAAAAAAUGACAUAAAAUUUAAGAUACCAAAUUAGAUUGGGAUUGAUUAAUAACUAAAAAUCCUAUCGCCAUCUUGAUUUUUAAAAGCCAUAAUAAAAAUUAAAACUCUGAUUUUUUUUGUUCGUUAUGUCGCCAUCUGGAUUUAAAAAAUUAAAAUUCUUAAUCCACCUCACGCUGUUUCAUUCAGAGCUUGAUAUUUGAAGUGUUUAAUAAGAUAUAUUGCAGCUUUAUUUUCAGCUUUCUGUAUAAGCAAGCGCGCAAAUUUAUUUUUGAAAUUUUUUUGUUCGUUAUAUCACCAUCUUGAUUUUUCUGGCUAUAUUAAAAAUUAAAAUUCUUAAUCUCUCAUUGAGUUUCAUUCAGAGAAUGUAUUUUAGGUUUUUAAUAAGAUAAUUGGUAGCUCUAUUUUCUGCUUUCUGGGUAAGCUCACAAUUUAUUUUUUAUUUUUCAAAGCUAUAUUAAAAAUUAAAAUUCUUAAUCGAUCUCACACGGCUUCAUUCAAAAUUUAAUAUUUUAAGUAUUUAAUAACAAAGCCAUUUUUAAAAAUUGGUGCUUUUAAUUGUCAACUAUUUUCACGCUUACCACCAUUUUUGGCAUGCCACUUUUUAGCACUUCCGAUACUCAUCUCUUUGAGAGAGUCUGUUUUACUCGUUCAAGAGUCCAGUGCAUUUUAUUCUAUAAAGAAAUUUAUAUAGGGGUAUGAGCUAUAGCAAGAUAUUGGGAACCGAAACCACCGAAGUUUUUAACCUUAAAAAGUAUCCAAGCACUAAAGAAGAAAUAAAAAUUUAUGUCUUCAAAAUUUUGGAAAAAUUAUUUAAGGUAACAUACAAUACUAAAAUGAAAAGAGCAAGACAGCAAAUGCAGGAAAUUAUAAUAAAUUUUAUAAUUGCAUUGCAGAUGGCUACAAUGAUUUGGAGUCCCAAUGUAAAUAUAAAAAACUGGGAUCCAAAUUUAGAUACUUGGCAAAUAAUCAAAUAUGUCAGCUUCGAAAGAAUAUGUGGAGAGACUGGAACACUUAAUAUAUAUUUCUAUGUUACAGUCUUCGAAAUAUUACUUUGAAUAUUUUGCUUUAUAGCACUUCUUUCAUUUAGCUAUUUUGAAACUACUCUCUCAUAUUUCUAUAUUUUACUCCCAAAGAAAAUUUUAUGUUUCCUUACUUCUAUAGGCUUUAUACCUAGCCUGAUGAUUUUAUUAGUAGUAUUCAAAUAUUCCACCUUUAAUUACCACGAAAUUUCUGAAUAUUCCAAUAGUAUUUCAUCAUACUAUAUUAAUUAUGGAAAACUUGUCGGAUUUUUUUCAAUUUUACUUGCUAUCAUUUUACUGACAAUUAAUAUUUUUUCAAUAAUAUUUACGUCUGAUAUUAGGCAUUCCUCUGCAAAAGUAAAUAUCAGAUCAAGAGCUUUUUCGAAGCUUGAAAUAGCUCAGCUUUUUUUUAUGUUUUUUCAAUGCAUUUCUUAUGUAAUGCUGAAUGAAAAAUAUUUUUUAAUUAGUCAAGGAUUUUUAUUCAUAUAUGGAUUUAUUCUUGCUGAAAAAAUUAUUUCAGCACUUCCUUAUUAUAGAGGUUUCCUCUAUAUAGCGCUGAAAGCGCAGACAUUUUCCCAGGAGCUUUCCAAGUUCGUCGGACCAAAUCGCUUUUUGGUCCGACCAAGGCAUUGAUUUGGUGCAACCAACCGAUAAAUUCCGAUCAGAAUUUAUCGGCCUUACAGCGCCAAACAUAGGAAACUUCUAUAUAACCCCAUUGAAAAUGCAAUAAAAUCAUGCCAAAUUAGUGCAAUAUCAAUAUCUAUCUUAAUUUUUCUAUUUAGCGCAUAUUUGGACAAUGGAGAAAUUAUUGCUAUUUUAAACAUAUUUUUGCAGCCUUUUGCGCUAAUUUUAGUAUGUCUUAAAGUAAAAUCAAACUCAGCUGCAAAAAUUGAAGUAAAUACUGACUUUAUAAAUCAAUAUGAAUUUGAAAGAAAAAUGAGACCAAAAUUAUGUAAUGAAUUAAAACAUGAUUUUAACGAUUUAAUAAAUAAAUUCUCUUAUUUUAGCCAAAAAGCGAAAUUUGAAUAUGAUAAACUAUUUGUAUUAUGAGAAGCUAAUUAUUGUUUUUAUGUGCUCAAAAAUGAACAGCUAACAAGGGUUAAAUUAACAAAAAUGAAAAAUGCCAAAAAUAUUUUAGAAGGAGAAAUCCAGCAAUGGUUACUUAUUAAUAAGCUUGACAACAAUAAAACUAAUUCAUCUGAAGUGAAGUUUUUAGAGUAUUUAGACGAGUUAAACAGAGUAAAAACAUAUGAUUUAUCAUUAUGCGAAAAAUUGCUUGAUGUGAUCAAUGAAAUUUUAUUAAAAUCUCCAAAAAUUGAUAAAUUAGUAAGCAUGAUUAUAACGAUGACCCCCUCAAUCUUCAUGUCUACUGCAACAAAAAUUUUUCGAAAAAAUCUUCGUGCCUACUGCAACACAAAAUUUUUAUAAAAAACAUUAAUGCAUUUUUCUCUAAGUGAGUUUCUCAAAAAAAAACAUAAAGCAGUGCUGCUUUAGGUGUUUCAAUGACAUUCUCAUCGAGAUUUGGACGGCUAUUGCCAUCGCUCACCAUUUUAUUAAACUUACCUAGCUAAAAAGUACGGAAAAAUUUAAGAUGCGCAUCGAAAAUUUGUUGCAAGAGGAUUAGGAUUAAGAUUAUUAUAGACAGGCGCUAGCCAUAUUGAUGGCGCAGUCAUUAAAGACCUCCCGUACGGAAGGUUCUUCCGCUUUUCGACUCCAGCCCAGAGGAUCUAUCCCUCUUACGAGUGCCCUUCCGGUACCUUCUGUCUCCUCCUUGCCUUGGGAGUUCAGCCUUGAGUGGGCGGCUUACGGAUUUCUGCGGCCCUGCUACGGGCGAUUGGAGUAGCUUGAUUCCAAGGAAUUGGAGUCUAUUGGGGUGUCAAAGUGCCUUUUUUCAACAGCUACAGGAAAAAGACUGUUCCCCUGCGGCCUGGGCCGAAAGCCCCGGUUUCUCGUUAGAGGAAUACUAAUGGGUCCCGGAUUCAAAGGACGUUGCUGAGCUCCUCCAUUUCCAACCACAGGAAAGCAGCCAAAACCUACCCGGAUACACACUUCUUGAGCCUGCGUCUGAUUCUCGGCUUGGAGUCCGUCCCAGUUCGCCGUAGCCAUAAGGUCUGGACUGCUGCGCCAAGAGGGCAGGCUGGCACGUGUCGCCAUUUUAAUGUAUAUAUAGAAAUAUAAUUUAAAUGGCGCUAUAAGGAGUAUUUUCUGGAUGAACCAGCAGGUCUAA